AACCUGCUGAGCCACAAUGGGGUCUCCCUGUUAUUAUUAUUAUUUUUUUUUUACAUUUUCCAAACUAAGUUUUUGAUAUAAUGGUGCAGUUGUGCAAUGCCCACAUAUUCUUUUUCACUGCAAGUAAAGUGACCAUCAUUUUUCUCUUAAUCAUUACUGCCUAACAACUGAGGAGUCAAAGGACUCAAUGAAUUGGUGAUGGAAACUCCAGCCUGGACCACUUGGGCACUUGCUGUGUCAGGGUCACUUGCCUCAGACCAUUGAAAAGGGUAUCCUUGCUUUUUUCCUUCUCCACUAAAUAUGCAACACAGAAGAGAUAUAAUUAAUGAGGCUUAAAGAAUUUGCCUGAAAAAUCUGAUUUUGUGUGGUUCUACCUGGAUCAUUGAUGCUAUAUUCCUUCAUAGACAUUAACCUACUUGCUGUUGCUGCACAUGAAUUUGGCCACACUUUGGGGCCUCACCAUUCCAAUGACCCCGAGGCUCCGAUGUACCUUAUCUGAUACACACCCACUUUAGCCAGAAAAAAAUGUUCUCCAAGGGUGACGUCAAAUGUACCAAGCUCUCCCUUUUGAUGAAGUUUGAGGUUUUUGUUUGUUUUGGGGUUUUUUUGUUUGCUUUUUGUUUUGGCUGUACCUGGAAGUUCCUGGGCCAUGGAUUAAAACCACACCACAACAGUGACCUGAACUGCUGCAAUAACAAUGCCAGAUCCUCAACCUGCUGGGCCACAAGGGAGCUCAAGGUUUUCUUCUCAUUCUAGAAGUAUUUUCUUGCCUUGCUAAUUCUCUAAGACAGCUUUUCCCUAAUAUGUGUACUGUGGAAUUCCAACCCUGCCAAGAAGCAACAGAAAACUGUUCAAAGCUCAAACAACUGUGUGAAUCACUCUAAGCUCUAGCCCUUUCUUAGAUUUUCAUGAUCUCAUGAAGCUCCGAGAAUUCCUCCAAGAAAGAAACUGGUUCAUGGUUGUUUAACCCAAUAUCUCUUAAAUUUAUUUGACCAUAGAUGGUUCCCUCUUUUCCUCCUCCUGCUCCUGCUACCUUUCUUCCUGCCUACUAUUAAUAUUGGUGGAACGCCUCUGAUAACCUGUGGAAUGGGGUUUCACAGCAUCUCUUUUGAAAAAGGCAGUCCUAAGACAUAUUAAAGUAAGGAGAGUUCUUCACGAGUUUGUGGAAGUCUGGAUCUGAGAAAAUCAGGAUUAUCAGAUAUCAAAACUAGAAUGCUAGUGGUUAUUUUGACUUUGAAAAGAAUCCAGAGACAAUUUGAAGCCAACAAAAGCACCAUUCUGGAUGGGAUGACCACCUUUUUCACUGCAGACAAGUACUGAAGAUUCUAUUUAUUUCUUUUGUAGAUCAACCCAAAAUGAAUGCAGGAACUCUGAAGAGCAUGCAAUUCAGAUGUUAAAAAACUACCUGAAAUCAUACUACUACCCUAUGAAUCCUGCUGGAAUCCUGAAGAAAACGGCAGCAAGCUCCGUGGUUGACAGGCUUAAAGAAAUGCAGUCUUUUUUCGGCUUAGAGGUGACUGGAAAGCUUGAUGAUAACACCUUGGACAUCAUGAAAAAACCAAGAUGUGGGGUCCCUGAUGUGGGUGAAUACAAUGUUUUUCCUCGUACUCUCAAAUGGUCCCAAAUGAACUUAACCUACAGGAUUGUGAAUUACACGCCUGAUUUGACUCAUUCUGAAGUUGAAAAGGCAUUCAAAAAAGCCUUCAAAGUUUGGUCUGAUGUGACACCUCUGAAUUUUACCAGAAUUCACAAUGGUACUGCUGACAUCAUGAUCUCUUUUGGAACUAAAGAGCAUGGAGACUUCUACCCAUUUGAUGGACCAUCUGGUCUGUUGGCUCAUGCUUUUCCUCCCGGACCAAAUUAUGGAGGAGAUGCCCAUUUUGAUGAUGAUGAAACCUGGACAAGUAGUUCCAAAGGCUACAACUUGUUUCUUGUUGCUGCCCAUGAGUUUGGCCAUUCCUUAGGUCUUGACCACUCCAAGGACCCAGGAGCCCUCAUGUUUCCUAUCUAUACCUACACUGGCAAAAGCCACUUUAUGCUUCCUGAUGAUGAUGUACAAGGGAUCCAGUCUCUCUAUGGUCCAGGAGAUGAAGACCCCAACCCUAAACAUCCCAAAACACCAGACAAAUGUGAUCCUUCAUUAUCCCUGGAUGCCAUUACCAGUCUCCGAGGAGAAACCCUGAUCUUUAAAGACAGAUUCUUCUGGCGUCUGCAUCCUCAGCAGGUUGAUGCUGAGCUGUUCUUGACAAAAUCAUUUUGGCCAGAACUUCCCAACCGUAUCGAUGCUGCAUAUGAGCACCCCACCCGUGACCUUAUCUUCAUCUUUAGAGGCAGAAAAUUUUGGGCUCUUAAUGGUUAUGAUAUUCUGGAAGGUUAUCCUAAAAAAAUAUCUGAACUGGGAUUUUCAAAAGAGGUUAAAAGGAUAAGCGCAGCCGUUCACUUUGAGGCUACAGGGAAGACUCUCUUCUUCUCAGGAAACCAGGUCUGGAGCUAUGAUGAUACUAACCAGAGGAUGGAUAAAGACUACCCCAGACUAAUAGAAGAGAACUUCCCAGGAAUUGGUGAUAAAGUAGAUGCUGUCUACGAGAAAAAUGGUUAUAUCUAUUUUUUCAACGGUCCCAUACAGUUUGAAUAUAGCAUCUGGAGUAACCGUAUUGUCCGCGUCAUGCCAACAAAUUCCCUAUUGUGGUGUUAAAUGCUUUUAAAAUAUUAUUUAAAUCCUAGAGAUCAUUUAGGAUAAUACUUCCAGACAUUUUUUGGGGGGUGGGGAGUUGCUAGGGAGGGAGAGAGCGAUAUCAGGGGAAAGCUUAGUUCUGUGAACAAGCUUCAGUAAGUUAUCUUUGAAUAUUUAGUUUCUACAACUAUGUGUGGCUGGAACCACAUUGAAUUUUAAAGUAAUGAAAUUCAUUAUCUCUAAGGAUCACUUAAUUCUUGUGUGCGAUACGAAAACUGUAGUUGCAAUAUUCCCGGAUCAAAAAUGGAAUAUGUGCUCUGUCAAAAAAAGCUCAAUAUAUUUAUAAGGAGACUUUGUAAAGACAUAAAAGUAAAUCACAUUUACAUCAUCAAUCAACCAUCUUUACUAGUAGUAUAAAAUGGUAUGAAAAUAGAAUUCAGGGGAGCAUAUGACAGCCAUACACAAAGGUAAACCGAAGGGAAAUGUCUGUAAUAGAUAUCUUGCAGACAGCUUUCCAGAGAUAAUCUGAGUUUUGUACUAAAAAUAUUUGGAUGUACAUGCCCCUCUUCAUGCAGACACUAAGGAAAUGUCAACACUACCAAAGACAAGAGACAAACACUAAUGGUGAGGACAGUAGCUGUGAACUUUGGAUUCUGUUUAAUUUUCACUUUUGUUAGUGACUCAAGGACUACUCUCAAAGAAGGCAGAUAUUUCUUUUAACUCUUAAUAAAAUACUUCAAGUCUUUCAAAGAUAUAAAAGUAAGUUAAAAUUGUUAAUAAAAUGAUCUAAGGGCACAGCAUCACUUUUUCAUAAAUCAUUGAUUAUUUAAGACUAAAAGUAUUAACGGUUUUAUCUAGAUAAUUGUUUUAAUUGUCCAGUUUACCUUGGAUAUAUAAGCUAUUUUUGAAAGAAACAGACUAAAACAUAUCUUAUAAAUUGUAAGUGUAUAUUUUAAAGCAGAGCUAUCCAAAAUAAAAGCAGUCUACUGGAUUUUGGUCCUCUUGAAGAAUGAAACCAUGCCUUUUUUCUCUCCCUUUUUUUCCCCUUCAAUCCCUUGGAAUAUUUUGCAGUGCCUGGCACUUGGUACUUAAUUGAACAUAUGAAUGACCAUCAAAGGAAGAACCAUUGUAUUGAGAGAUCAUGUUCUAAAAACUCAGACAAGAAAAGAAAGUGUAUUAUAUUUGCAAAAUGUUUUAGGAAGUGUUUAUAUUGUUUAUAAUAAAAACAAUAUUUUCAACA